UGACCCUCACUCCGGAGCAGAAGGGGGCGGUGUCACACCCGUAAGCAUGGCCAUCAACCGCCGUGAAAGUCAAGGAAGAAAAAGAAAGAAAACAAGCAAAAUGGCGGCGCUGUUUCGAGCUCUACGUGCUGGAAGGGCACUGCGGGGGCUCGGGAGCGGUCUGGCAGCACCAGCAGCAAAACCUCCGUGUGUCAGUCAUAAAACAGGCUUCCACCGUACAGCAUUUAUUCUUCAGGAUGAGUCCAAAUCCAGUAAACACUCUGAUCAGGACCUGACUGCAGGGACUACCCUUAAAGACUCCACAUCCAACCCAGACGCUGAAGAGUCUAGCAGACCAAACACUAGCUACCAGGAUCAGACUGAUGAGGACGGUGAGCAGUACGAAUCAGAAGAGCAGCUUCAAGCCCGAAUCCUUGGCGCUGCUUUGGAGUUUGUCCCGCAGCAUGGCUGGACCAUUGAGGCCAUCGCGGCUGGUGCUGAAACACUCGGCCUGUCGUCUGCUUCAACUGGUAUGUUUUACAACGGUGCUGGAGACUUGGUGCUGCAUUUCGUGGCGCAGUGCAAUUCACAACUGGCAGAGAUCCUCGCAGAACAACACAAGCAGGUCCAGCUGGGACAAGCAGAACCAAAGAAAACUGCUGACUUUCUAAGAGAUGCAGUGGAGACCAGACUUCGAAUGCACAUCCCUUACAUAGAAACAUGGCCACAGGCCAUGAGUAUCCUGCUCCUGCCUCAUAACAUCCCUGAAGCUCUGAAACAUUUGUCCACCUUGGUGGACGAUAUCUGGUAUCAUGCAGGAGACCGAUCCACAGACAUGAACUGGUACAGAAAAAGAGCAGCCUUGACUGGCAUCUUUAACACCACCGAGCUAGUGAUGCUUCAGGAUUCCUCCCCAGACUUUCAGGACACUUGGCUCUUCCUUGACAACCGCAUCCAGGAUGCAGUUAACAUGGCAACAUCCAUAGAACAGGUGCAGUCAACAGGUGAAGCGGUGGUGCAGGGUCUCAUGGGUGCUGCUUUAACACUGAAGAAUCUCACCGGCAUGAACCAGAGGCGAUGAUGCCUAGCAUCUUAACAAGUCUGAUCCCUUAGAAAUUAAAGGAUAUUCCAUUGGCGUGGUAUGUCAUCAUUAUUAAUAAUAUGACAUCAUUGUUCUUGCUGAACCUUUGGCUUUGUCUUGUUUCACUUGGCAAUAUUCACUUCUGGUCCGACCCUUUAUGCUCUUCCAUAAAGUAAAUAUUGAAUAUUUAA